CACUGAAACACGGCGAUAGAAAUGGUUUCCCAGAGUGCCUCCUUCUUUUCAGAUCGAAUAUAUCAUAUGUUCGUUGUCAAAAAAGUUUGUGAAGACGGUAAUCCAAUUGAAACAUCCGAGCAAUCUCUCGAGCGUUCAUCUCUUUGCAACCAUUGUCUUACUAACUCUGCCAGAAUUUACAAUGUCUGAACAACAAAAGCAAGUCACCCCUACCCCAUCCGCUAACUUGUUGAACGACAAGUGGGACAUUGUUUUGUCCAACACCUUGGUUAAGACCGGGUUGGGAGUCGGUGCCGGUGUUUUGGCCUCCGUCUUGUUAUUCAAGAGAAGAGCCUUCCCAGUUUGGGUCGGUGCCGGUUUCGGCUUGGGGAGAGGCUACUCUGAGGGUGAUGCCAUCUUCAGAUCCUCCAACGUUGGUGUCAGAGAUGUUAAGGCUUGAGCAAGUUCCCGCUUCCUUUGUAUAUUAUCCCCAGUGAAUGUUGAAUGAGCUGCUAUUGGACAUUCUCCAUUCGAAUAAUGACACCCAUCAGUCAUCUAGCACCUAUUUAUGUUUUUAGAAAAUUAAAUAUAUAUCGUCAUUACUCGCA